AUGCAACGAACUCCGCGAUACCCAGAUUUAUACAAUGCCAGCAUGCAAGACGCCUACAAUCAAUUGCUGUCUGAGAGAAACCACGAAGAUCAGGCGGUAAGUUUCAAAGAUUCAGAAGGUGAAGGACACGACGGUAAAGACUUCAGUGACGAUUUUAGUGACGAAAUCAGUGAGGACUUCUCUAACGAUAGGUUGGACAUUAGUGGUCGUUCAAGCCACGGAAGAUCAGAGCUGGACGAUGAUUACGAACAGUUUAAGACGUCGUUGAUGCGCGAUGACUGGCCUGAGCAGGAAGAAGAAGAGGAUGACGACGACGAUUACGAAGACAAGGAUUAUACAGAAGAAGCAGAUCGGAGCUUCAUCAUGGAAAGUGACGAGCCUGAUGCGGAACCGUGGAAUUUUGAAAAUCGUGGAAAUUCAAGGGCUGGCAUACUACCGAAAAAAGGCGUCUUCAACACUGCGGCACUCAUCGUGCUAUUUCUAAUAGUCACAAUGUUUUGGAGACCAUGGUCCACAUCACACAAGUUGGAAACAUCCAUUUUCGAUGAGCAGCCUUCUGCCACCACAGGAAAUGCUCAAAUACGCGCGCAACUCAACAGUCUGUACCGGGAACUUCAAGACGACCGGAAAACUGCGAAGAAAGAGCUUGACAACGCGAUCCGCUUGGUUAUCUUGCAAGUCGAGAAAAACAUCAAAAAACUGCUACCCAAAGAUAUGGCAUCAGUUCAAUCGCAGAUCGAGCGUCUUGACAGUCAAGUGCAAGAUAUGUCACGUAGCGUGAGUCUGAACAAUGUGACUGAGUGGCAGGACUCUUUGGUGGCUGAACUGCAUAAUCUUCUGCCUGAACAAAUACCCGUUGUGUUGAAUAACUCCACCAAAGGCCUAAUGGUAGUGCCAGAACUUCACGUAUACUUGGCAGAGCUUAUACCGCAAAUUGUCAACAGGACCGUUUCGAUAGCUUCUACACAGCCAUUCCGCUACGACGCUGGCCAGUACGUGCGGGAAAUCCUCAGAGAUGAAUACCAAUACGUCGACAAGUCCUAUUUUUUAAAGGAGCUAGACUCGGCUUUGAAUUCCAACAAGGAGGACAUUCUACGCGAGAUGGAAUCUCGAAUCUCGAUUUUAGAGAACGUACCGCAGCAGUAUUCCAAUGUGUUGCAGCGCAGGCUUAUUCACAAGAUUUACAACGCUAACCAACACCAGUGGCAGGACGACCUGGACUUUGCAACUGCGGCUCAGGGCACCCGUCUCAUCAAUCAUUUGUGUUCCAAGAGUUUUCAGGGCACUCAAGGCAUUCCCUCCAAUGGAGUGUCUCCACUCGAUCUGCUUAUGGAUUUCCAGCCUGCACCUUCGACCUACUGGCUCUGCAGCAACGACAGAGGCUCUAAGGAGUGUUCCUGGGCUGUGCGUUUUGCACAGCCACUUUACUUGACACGCAUAUCCUACGUGCAUGGCCGUUUCACAAACAACCUUCAUCUAAUGAAUGCUGCCCCGAGCACAAUCUCGGUCUACGUCAAGCUGCAAUCCUCUGGCAACGAUGCAGCAUUUCGUCGUAUAGCCACCGAGAACGGUCAUGGAUCCGCCUGGGCUCAAGACCGCUCCUUCAUCGAGAUUGGGUCUUGGAACUACGACACUUCUGACCCUCGCAUUCGCCAGAAUUUCCCUCUGCCUCCGUGGCUCAUACAAUGCAAACCCCAGAUUAGAGCUCUGGCCUUAAUUGUUCGCUCUAAUUACGGAAACGCCCACUAUACAGCGCUUCGCAAGUUCGUCGUCAAUGCUGUCACUGUACAAGACCUGCAGUUGAGCUCCAGCUACUCUCAGUCACAGCACUUUGAAAUUCCAGAAUAUGCCUCUCCUAUGCAAGACUCUGAAAAAUUACGUGCAUCCCAGGUUGCCGCCUGGCAGCUUCGCAAUAAUCAUAAUCCAUCAUCACAGGGCGGUGUCCACGAAGAUGUCCCCUCUUUCGGGCAAGACGAGUUCGACGACAAAUAA